AUGCCUUCGGAUCCUGCCGCUAACCUCAGCGCCCUGCUGCGCGCGGCCUCCAUCGAAGACCACGAAGAAGUCCUCAAAGCCGCCAACGCCACUUUGAAGGCUUCCUCCACGGACCUUGUCGCUCAACAGACCCGAGUCGUCGCCCUCCUCAAGCUCGAUCGUUUCGACGACGCCCUACGCGCCAUCGCCGACGGCGGCAGCAAGCUUGAGGACGCCGCCUUGUUGGAGAAGGCUUACGCUCUAUACAAGACGGGGAAGCUGCAAGACGCCCACGAGCUCGCCAAUUCCAGGCCCCAGCGGAGUUAUCGUCACCUCGUAGCUCAGGUUGCCUAUCGAGCCGAGAAUUUCAAGGAUGCGCUCGAAGCCUAUACCAAUCUCCUGGAAGACCCCCAGGAUGAGGCAAGCGACCUGAAAAUCAACCAGCUGGCGUCCGCAGCUCAGUUGGAAUGGAAGUCCUCCGCCAACCUCGACGGCGAUGACACACCUAUACCUACUGCUGAGGACGCCGACACUUUCGAACUCGCGUACAACAUUGCUUGCGGUACAAUCGCGCGCGGCGAGCUGUCCAAGGCGUCAAACCUUCUCCAAAGGGCUCUGCGUCUCUGCGAAGAAUCCGAAGAGCUGUCAGAUGACGACAAGAGCGCCGAGAUGAUUCCCAUCAUGGUCCAGCAGGUUUACGUCUACUCGAGGUUAGGGAAGGCCGGCGAGGCCCUCGAAAUCCAGGAGCGUCUGUCCAUCUCCGAUGAAUGGGACGCUGAGUCCAGGUUGAUUGCGCUGAACAACAAGUCGGCUCUCGCGACGGAUGCUGAGAACGCCUACUUGGCCCAACGCAAAGUCGACGCGGCAGCGGUGCUGAGCAAGCAGGCCAAACUGUUCAGGUACCAAGACAGCCAGCUGAAGCGGAACGAGUACAUCCUUGGUCUGCAUUCUCAAAAGUUCGACGGUGUCUACAAGAACACAUCCCGAUCACUUGACGAUGCCGCGCCCACUGUAUCUGUUGACACCAACAGCCUCUCAGCCAUCAAUGCAACAGCUUACGCCCUGCGUCAUUCCAAGACGGUCGAUUUCAAGGGCGUUCUUCCUUUGGUCGAGAGGCGUCCGACGGAUGUCGGCCUCCUGCUCACCAUAGUCCAACUCUACCUUAUAGCAAAUAACACCGGCGCCGCCCUAUCGGUUCUUGAAUCCUUCCUGCAGAACCUGGAGAAGCAGGGCACGUCAGAAGUACGCUUCUCUCCUGGGUUGGUUGCCUUGGCCGUCUCUCUCUACAGGCAACAGGGCCGUCACAGCAGUAUUCGGUCCGAAUUAGCAAAUGCCUCAUCCUUCUGGGAGAAGCGAGACGGCCGUCAUGUCGAUUCGCUUUUGCUUGGCGCCGGCUCCGAGCUUCUCAAGUCAUCGGAUCCCAAUGACCUUACGGCCGCCGGUGCCGCCUUCGAAAAGCUCUGCCAGAAACCCAGUGCGAACCAUGUCGCCGCCGCCGGCCUUGUAGCGUCCUUCGCCACCUCAGACAGAGCCAAGGUCACGCCGUACCUCAAGGACCUGCCCCCUGUCGACGACCUCCUCGUCGGCGUUGACGUUGACAAGCUCAUCGGCGACGGCGUUGUUACCCACUCGAAGGCGGCCAGCGAGUCCAAGAAGCGCCGCCUUGAUGCGCAGCCGACUGAGACGAUCAACAAGAAAAAGCGGAGAAGAAAGCUGCCCAAGGACUACGUCGAGGGCAAGAAAAUGGACCCCGAGAGGUGGCUUCCCCUGCGUGACAGAUCCUCGUACCGGCCUAAGGGCAAGAAGGGCAAGAAGAAGGCCAACGAAGCCACGCAGGGCGGCUUUGUCAAGGAGGAGGAGACGUUGGAGCUGGCGGGCGGCGCGGGAUCUGUCAAGGUCGAAAAGGCACCAACCUCGUCGUCCAAGAAGAAGAAGAAGGGCAAGAAAUGA